AUGAGUGACGAGUCGAGCCAGCGUCUAAAAGCCCAGUUGGGAGGGUUUUCAGAAAUUACGGCACUCUCCCAACGCGCCAUCAAUGCUGCCAUAAUCAAAUUAGUGACCUAUCAUCCUGAAGUCGCCCAUGUUGUUUGUAAAGACAAACACCACGAUACAACCGAAGCCCUAAUCGAUCUGCCCCUGAUCUCAUUGAAAGUCACGGGUGGAAGUCGUAUCGAUUUAGAGUAUUUUGCUCGCUUUGGCUCGGGAACUAUUCAUUACGACUAUGACCAGCUCCAGGAUUUUGAUGUGAAAGACUGGCGACCUGCCACCUCGUUAAAAUUUCAAACCUACGAGUACAUUGCCCCGGGAAAAACCGAGCCCGAUGAGCGCACUCUGGAAGGCGACAAUAGCAUGUUUUUGUAUCUGCAAAUGACUGAUAAUAAACCUUUCCCCCCGGGGGCCAUUCUGCCCUACUCGGGGAACUUUGUCUCCAAAGGAAUGGAUGGUACGAUAUGCAUCGAACGAGGCAUCUUUUGGGAUAACUAUCUUCUACGGACGACAGUGCCCGAACUUCUCCACACCUUCAAUCAUGCCACCUACGUAUGGAUUAAGAAUGCUAAUGUGGACGACCUCAAGAGGCCUUGUUGGGAGAUUGGCAUCGGAGACUCGAUCCAUUCAGCCAAUCCCGAUUUCUUUCGCUGGGAACCCACGGGAACCAUGGCAUGGACUUGGGGACUUCCACAGAAGACAUCAGAGCAGUAUUACCGUCAUGGAAACAAGGCGGGAUACAUGUAUGGUAGACUUAAAGUUGACAGGUUCAUGUGUGGCUUGAAUGGGAGACAACAAUCACUAUCAAAGCGGUUGAAACUGGAGGGGAUCAAAUUUAUGUCAAAAGAGGAGAGGUCGAGGCGCAACACCCGAUUUGUGGUUCCUGGUCUAGGAACAUUCCGCUACAAGGACCCGGUCUUCAAUGAUUAUGGGGAUCUUCUGAUUCAAGUCGGCUAUUACCAGUGA